AUGAUUGAUGAAAUUCAGAUUGAGAAUGGACUUAUUAAAGAUGUGAAAGAAAUCAAGAUUGCAUUUUAUAACUUUUAUAGAAACUUGUUUACCUCUGAACAUGCGACUAGAAACCAAGAGGCUCUGGAAAGAUGCUUGACUUUGAUUCCUGAGAAGGUUCCCAAGUCAGAUGCUAAGGCUCUUGAACAAGAUAUUACCAUUGAUGAAAUUGAAGACUCUAUUAGAUCUUUGGCAAAUGGAAAAUCACCAGGACUUGAUGGGCUCCCUGCUGAGUUCUACAAACAGAACAUUGUUUGGAUUAGUAUGGAACAACUAACACUUUAUAAUGAUGCCUUUGAACAAGGAUCUCUUGGAGAGAACAUUAACAAAGGGACAGGUUUCAUUAAAGGGAGGUAUAUUCUUGAAAACUUGAUCACUAGCUGGGAGGCUUUACAUUGGGCUAAGGAAGAUGGGCAAAACUCUGCAAUGAUCUUAGACUCGUCCACAAUUAUUGAUGUCAAUGGAGAUCUUUCUGAGCCUAUUCCUCUAAAACGUUCUAUAAGGCAAGAAUGCCCAAUUGCACCUGUCUUGUUUGUGAUUGCAGUGGAUGCAUUGUUUUAUAUCCUUAGAUCUUUUGCUUUAGGGUCUCCAGUGAAAGGACUUACUCUUCCUAAUCAUGAUGACUUAAUAAAUGCUCAAUUUGUUGAUGAAACUACUCUUUUCUUGGAACUCCCUGAGGAGAAUUUUGAUAAUGUAUUAGACAGGUCACAAUUGUUCUGUUUGCCCUCUAGGGCUAAAGUGGCUUCGUACAAGUCCAUUGUCCUUGGAUGA